AGGUGACCAAGGAGCCGUGCCUCAUUCAUCUCCCCUCCCCCUCUUCUCCUAGACCAAAGAAGUUGUGUCCUGUUUUCCCAAAAUGCAGUAUUCACAUCACUGUGAGCAUCUCCUGGAAAGGCUGAAUAAACAGCGAGAGGCAGGUUUCCUGUGCGACUGCACCAUCGUUAUUGGUGAAUUUCAAUUCAAAGCUCAUCGAAAUGUGCUGGCUUCCUUCAGUGAGUACUUUGGGGCUUUUUACAAGGACGCGUCAGACAGUAACGUAGUUUUGGAUCAGAAUCAAGUGAAAGCCGAUGGAUUUCAGAAACUUCUGGAGUUCAUAUAUACAGGAAAUUUAAACCUUGACAGUUGGAAUGUUAAAGAAAUUCACCAGGCUGCCGACUAUCUCAGAGUGGAGGAGGUGGUUACUAAGUGUAAAAUAAAGAUGGAAGACUUUGCUUUCAUUGCAAAUCCCUCUUCUACAGAAAUCUCUAGUAUCACUGGGAACAUUGCGUUGAACCAGCAGACUUGCCUGCUCACCCUUCGCGACUACAAUAACCAGGAAAAACCAGAUGCCCCUUCGACAGAUCCAAUUCAGCCCCCAGCCGCAAAAGCAACUCUGGAAAAGAAGUCCGCUCAAGUCAAAAAGCGGAAGAAGACCUUCAGUUCUCAGAAAACCCCGCCGGACAAGUCGGAGGAGUGUCCAAAUGAUGUCACGGAGAACUCUUCUGUGGAGAUGUUCUUAGACGCCAAUAAACUAGCCACUGAGAUAACGGAGCAAGCUGCCCAAGGCGGGGAGAAUUCUGAGCUGCAGCUCACACCUGUGGUGGAAAGUGAAACUUUUACUGCCCAGGAGGUCCUUUCCCAGGAGAUCCUUGUCCAAGCUAUGCCUGUGAAACCCAAACGGGGAAAAGCACAGCAGAGCUGUGCGUUGAAAGAACACUGCUUGUCCAACAUUGCCAGUGACAAGAACUCUGUCCAGUUGGAGAGCUUGGGAGAGGAACUGGAUCCAAAAUACCCCAAGGCAAAGCCAGCAUGUAAUACCUGCGGGAAAGUUUUUUCUGAAGCCAGCAGUCUGAGACGGCACAUGAGGAUCCACAAAGGAGUCAAGCCGUAUGUGUGCCAGCUCUGUGGGAAGGCCUUUACGCAGUGCAACCAGCUGAAAACGCAUGUAAGAACUCACACAGGUGAAAAGCCAUAUAAGUGUGAACUCUGCGACAAAGGCUUUGCUCAGAAAUGCCAACUGGUUUUCCACAGCCGUAUGCAUCAUGGAGAGGAGAAACCGUACAAGUGUGAUGCCUGCAACCUGCAGUUUGCUACUUCCAGCAACCUGAAGAUCCAUGCUAGGAAGCACAGUGGGGAGAAGCCAUAUGUCUGUGACAGAUGCGGCCAGCGAUUUGCCCAGGCGAGCACGCUGACAUAUCAUGUGCGGCGACACACGGGAGAAAAGCCUUAUGUUUGCGACACCUGUGGGAAAGCCUUUGCGGUCUCAAGUUCGCUCAUCACACAUUCAAGGAAGCAUACAGGGGAGAAACCAUACAUAUGUGGCAUUUGCGGGAAAAGCUUCAUUUCUUCAGGUGAACUCAGCAAACACUUUCGAUCCCAUACAGGUGAAAGACCGUUUAUCUGUGAGCUGUGUGGAAAUUCCUACACGGAUAUAAAAAAUCUAAAGAAGCACAAAGCAAAGGUUCAUGCAGAUUCUGAGAAUCCCCUGGAGCCCAUCACAAUCGACAAUUCCUUCAACGAUCAAGACUCCAUCCCAAACGAGAAAAGUCCUCUGCUGGAAUCCACAGAUGUGAAGCCUUCUGACAUAGCGUUGCCUCUUCCCAUUGGGUCAGAGGACCAUCAGGUGCUCUUGCCCAUAACUGAAAGCCAGUCCCCCCCAUCGGACACGCUGCUGAGGUCAGCCAUCACCGGAUAUUCAGAACCUCAGUAUAUUUUCCUCCAACAGCUGUACUGACAUCUUGCGUCCCCAGGAGACUCUGGGAGCGAAAAGCCCUUCGGUAAAGUGAACAGAAUCAUGCGAGUGGUGACCAAGCUGGAUCUUUAUUUUGGUUUCAAUUAGGGACACUUGGUAUUGCGCCUACAAGUGUGCAGUUUUUUCUUUUUUACAUUUUGUUAAAUUAGAACAACCAUUCAUACCUUUUUUUGAUAAAAAAUCAUGCUAAAAUUCUUGCAUUUUCUAGGAUAUGGAAUACUUCCUUUUUCACUAGCACUUGCCUUAAGAAUUCUCAAUGAAAUUAAUGUCCAUGAAUAGAGCUCUUUCAGUGUUUGUGUGGAAGCUAAGAAUGCAUUGGUUUAUUUCUCUUGUUUUGCGUAGCUUAUUCUGAUGGGGAAAGAAGGGAAUGGAGCUAUGCAGGGGCAUGAAACUUUGUCCAACAAGUGUAAAUCUUACUUGGCAAUCCCCUGGCUUCUGAGAUUUCAGAAGGUGUUACCAAUACAUUUCUGAAUGUACUUUCACAGCCCUAAGGAUUAAAAAUCUUGGUUAUUACAAAUGAUGGUUGCGAUUCUCAGGAAACUGAAUUCUGUGCUUUUAGCACUCCUGUAGCAAGUAUAUGACCCUCUGCAAUUGUUUUAUAGAGGUUUUGGAUUUGCACAAUUGUUGGAUGUGAUUGGGUUGGCAAUCUGGAGUCUGGUUUAGGAGAACCACCUGGAGAUGCGUUGUGUGUUGAAGCAGUCGUUGGUCUGUAGCUGAAAGUUAGAGGAUGUGUAAACCAUGACGUCUUUUGCAACCCUUUGCAUUUUGAAUGCUGUUUGUCUUCUCUGGCUGUGUAGGAUGUGCCUGUGAGAUGCUCCACCUCCAAAUGAUGAUUUUGUUGCAGUGUCAGCUUAGGAGUUCGUACUCUAUUCCAUAUUUCCUGCUGAAUUGUGGUGAAAGCAGUGACAGCAUACACGGAGGCCUAUGAAAUGUUGGCCAGCAUUCAUGGCAUUCUACUGCCCAUCAUGUGCUCUCAGAGGGACCCUGAAUUUGUGUGUCUCACACACAUACCCACUUGACAACGUAUCUUUGAAGCUAGGAAGUGUCUGUUUGGAAUAUUGCAAGUGGUCAUAAGGGAGGGAAUCAACAGUCCUUUAGCUCCGGUCUCCUUUUUUCAUUUCUGUAACACUUCAUAGAAAUAUUAAAUCAUGUAAAAUUGCAUGACUUGCAAUUUAAAAUUGUGUCUCCCCAUUACAAAACUUUAAAGUGUUCCCAUGUUUAAUAAAGGCCAACUUGCUGGAUCUUUCCAGUGGUCCCUCUAUUUCAGUAUUCUGCCUCCAAUUUUGGCCAGUCAGAAAUGCCUUCAGGAAGCUCCAUGGACCAGGACGUGAAACGUUGCCUGUCUUCUGUUCUUUGGUGAUCAGGGAUCUGCUGUUUCUGUAUAUGGAGACCUGUCUUUUGUCACUUUCCCCAGAGGUGGGCUUAACUAGAUAAACCUGGUGGACUCUCAUAGUAGUCUUGAUAGGCUACUUGAUAGACUCGAUGUUACCACUAUUGUCAUCUGUUCAGGAGCACUGAGAGGUUCAAAUUAAAAGGAGAUCUUUGGUCUCCUUUAGAAAUGUAGGUGAAAGAUGAAAAAUGAAGAUGGUUAGCAUUGUAACUCAUGCAGUCUGUAUCUGCUUGCUUAUUUCCAGAGUUUGGCAUUUGGGGAAACAUAUCAGGGACGGGAAGAUCUGGAGUUGUGGUCAUAGGCUGUAAUCAAGGCUGUGUGCAACAGAUGAAAGAAAGUAACACAAAUGCUAUUGUGUAGAAUUUUGGCACUGGAGAAGGUGUUUGCUUUUCUGCAAUUUAGAACUUAAGUGUAUUUGAAUCCAAGAUCUAUUUUGGGUCAAGGUUAGCCUUGUCCCCUAGUGUCCAUUGUGCAAAAUAAAUACACUUUGUUUAGGAAAUGUCAUGAUCCCCUCGGAACAGUCCUUUGACCCGCCCAGUGACUCUGAUGGCUCAGAGGAAAAGCCUGAGGAGCCAAGGCCAGGGAAGUAGGACCACCAGUGGUGUCAGGGAGGGCCUGACCACACUGCAGCAGCAGGUGCCAGAGACCACCCUGCUGGAGCCAGCAAAGGAGUCCUUGCCACCGGCCCCUGAGGUAGCUAGUAGGCCUCUGCCAGGCAGGAGACAAACUCAGGCCCAUAGCCCCUCAGGAUGCCCUCCCAUGCCACAAAAGCAGCCUCAGCAGAUAGAACAAAGAAGGCGAAGUGUCAGACUGGCCACAGGCAAUCCCAGCCGGGAUCCAGAAGAGAGCUCUGGGAGCAGUACUUCUUCACAGGAUCCUGACCAAAGUACUGCACAGACUCAGGCACCUCCACACCUGCAAGCAACUGCAGCUAAGCCAGAUCAACCCCAAGCCUACUUAGACUGAGGCUUGGGAAGGCUGCGUUGCUGGAUCAGCCGGUUCACUAGAUACAAGCCCUGUACUCUGGCCCCUGCCUUCAGCUGCAAGCUCCCUGCUUUCAGUUUCAGGCUCCAGUCUGCAAUCCCCAGUCUAGCCAGCCAAACUGGAGGCCUUUCUCCAGAGGAGCCACGACCUGGCCAGCAUGCAGAGCAUGGUACAGUAAAUCAAAUCAGAGGUGCAAAUUAAAUAUAUAUGCACAAAUGGUUCACUGUGCAUGAUUUCUAAGACAUUACCUUCCCUCUAAUGCCUGAACUGGCCACAUCGAGGAUCUAACAAAACAGUUUAUAAGACGCAGCGCAUAUGCAUUUCAAUUUUGUUUGGGCUUCUCCCAUGUUCUAUUUUACCAUUCAGAUUUUCAGAGUCUAUGGGACACCUUUUGGAAAGGCAUGAAUGUGUGAUGGAAAUAAUUUGAAUGUGGGUGUGAGGAAGUGGGCUACUUGGAUGAAGGCUGGCACCCAUUUCCUCCAGACGAUCAGGUGGUAGCAUUGUGUGUGUGUGUGGGGGGGGUUGCAUACACGCAGUGCAGAAGUAUCAUGUGUGUACUUUCCAGGAGCUGGAUAUGGUCUUGUGUCCUUCCACCCCCUACUUCCCAUAGCCUUUUGGUGCUUCUGUUGGAGAAAGUUUAGAAAUAGAUCCAGCAGUGUUUCCUUGCUGGGUUUUGGUGAUAUUUUUUAAACCAGCUAACAAAGAUGGUGACUUCUCUCCUAGGCACAAACAAGCUGAAUUGUCAUCUCAUUUACUUCUGCAAAAUAUAGGAAUUUUCAUUUAAUUGGAGAUUUCUUCAUAAUAGGACUGCAGCAGCAAAUGAACUCUGGGAAAACUCCUGUUUUAGAAUGCAUCUUUCUUACAAAUGUUUCCAAAUGUUCUAGUGCAUCCUUUUUUAAAAAGGGUUUCAGAUUUUUGAAAAAAGCGCAGCCUGUUCUUAGAUUUAUACUAGACCUAAUGUAGCUAUUUAAUAUUUAUACAGAUGUUUUACUUUGUAGAAAUCAUUUAGCGUGUCUUUUGUACAUGAAGAGAUUUUAAAUGGAUAAUUUGUUUUAUCCCUUCUCAUACACUACACAGGUUUUGAGAGAGCUGAAGUCGAUUGUAGCAAUAAUUAUGAGCACUUACAACUUGACUGUGAUAGAAAGAAGCCUUGGGCUGUUACAAUACCAUUUCCCCUUAAAUGUACUCAUUUAGUGGACCUAUCCUGAUAUGAAAAGAUUGGUAACCAAGAGGGUUCUGUAGAAGCUUCAUAUGAUGACACAUGAAGCUGCCUCAUACCAAGUCAGACUUGAGCCCAUCUAGCUCUGUAUUGGCUAGUCCAGGAGCCCCAACCUAUUUGAGACUGCAGGCACAUUUGGAAUUCUGACACACUGUGGUAGGCGCAUCUACAAAAUGGCUGCCACGGGAGUUGCAUCCAGGCACAAAAUGGCUGCCACAGCUUACCUUCAGUCACACAGUGAAGAUCUUUGUGCUGUGGAAACAGCUUCUGCCAAACCAGUAUUUUUAAGAAUCUGCACAGCCAAUGAAAUCUCCAAUUGUCAAUCAGAAGCCAUGCUUGGCAAAAGUCCCACCUGGCCGCACCCACUUUCUAAAAACACCAGGAAAGCUGGGCUCAGUUUGUGGGUUCAGUGGUGCCCAUGGGUUGGGGAGCCCUGGUCUAGUCUGAAAGCUUCAGUCAAAGAACUGUCUUUCCCAGUAGACAUUUGGGAUUGAAUCUGGGACCUUAUGCGUGCAAAGUCUGUGCUCUGCCUUUGAGCUAUGGAUGCUCCUGAGCCAUGGCUAUCGCAGAGCCUGGCAGCUUCAUUAAUAUGAUGCAGGAGUGUUCCAUGCAUCCCUUAUGUAGGGGCUUACUAUAGUCAAGUCUUGUCUGGAGUUAAUAGGAGUAUGCAGUUAAGCUUCAGAUACCAAAAGCCUGAACAGCCUUAGCCAUGAUUCACGGCCGUUAUGCCUGGAGGGGCUGUGAUGGAGAUUUGGGGCUGAACCUGUUCCUCCGAGGAAGAAGAAUGCAAAGGGUAUUCUAAAUCCAACUCCUAUUUGAGGUGAUCUUACUAGUAGCCCCAUCAUAAUGGCUCCAAGAUUAUGAGGCACUAUUAUGAGUUUAGAUAAGAGGCAGUAAUCCUCUCUGGUUAAACGACUUCUGAAGUAUUUUUCACAUGGGCAUACAAAGCAGUUUUCUUUUUGUUUGUGUGUAUGUAUAUAGCACGCCUCCAGCUUUUAUACUCCCCACUGCAAGGGGUUCAUGUACAUAUUUAGCUUGCGCUAUUUUAAUGUUAGACUUGAAUAAAAACAUGUUUUGUAACA